AUGGCAACAGCAGGAGCAACAGGAGGAUCCACACUAAACAGUGUUACAGAAAACCAGAAGCGAUGGUUGGUCUUUGGAAUUGCACUGAGCAAAGUUCUAGUUUCCCAAAUACGCCCUUUUGUAGAAACAGAAAUCCAAAAAGAAUAUGGCAACCUUCAAACUAGCCAUGGCAUUCAUGCUCAGAGCACAUCAGGGCGUCUUAAGCAUUGGCUAAUGCCCUUGAAGUAUGAGAACAUCAAUGGUAAUGCUGGAAUUCCUAAACUGUCUCGUGGAAGGUAUGACUUUUCUAAGUUUGAUUGCCGAGUGAUGUCACAUGUUGACUUUGCUAAGUUGUAUGUGGAGAAUCACAUGGCUAAAUUCAAUGCAUUUGAUGAGUGCUGUGAUGCAUCAGCUGUCCUUGCACUGCUUGGCAGAGUCCCAGUGUUCUCUGUUGAUGUACAAAGAGCAGCAGGUGCUGUAAGAGAGGCUAGGAAUGCCUGGGCGCACUGUGUAUUCCGUGAAUGGAGUCUUGUGAAUUAUCAAAAAAACUUUGCUGCUAUGGAACAGCUUGUUAAGAAACUUGGCCUUCCAGGUUCCAGCACAAACGACCUUUUAACAGAGCUAAAAGAUUGGGAGGACAAAGGCACGAUUCUUUUUAUGAACGCAACCAUGGACCCUGAUUUGUUGAAUUUGGCACAACAGCACGUUCAUGAUCUGAUGACAGAUGUAGAAAAGCUGACGUUUGAAGUGAAAGAGGACAGAGAACGAUUUUUAUCAAAUCUAGAGGACGUGGAAACAAGACUUGAUCGGACGCAGGUCGAGCAAGAAGCCAUCAAACGAGAUCUGUCACAGAAAAUCGAAUGCGUAGAACAACGAGUCUCACUGCUGGAAAAUCAAGGUCACGCGCGUGCUUUUAAUGAAAAACACGAUGAACAACCCAAAGAGAUGUGGGCUAAAAGAAGAACGAAAGAACGAAACGAGGCGUUGAUCAUACGAUAA